AUGGAUGUCGCCGCCGGCCCCGAGUCCCUGGAACGCUGCUUCGGCCGGGGCCCGCCGGACCGCGCCGAGAUGCUGGACGGCAUCAAAAUGGAAGAUCACCCGCUGCGCUCGGGCGCUGCCACCUUGGGCGUGUUGCUGGGGUCAGAGUGUCAGAACCAGGCGGUUUGCGAGGGCUGCCAGCGGCCGAUCUCAGACCGUUUUCUGAUGAGAGUGAACGAAUCUUCCUGGCACGAAGAGUGUUUGCAGUGUGCAGUGUGUCAACAAGCCCUCACCACCAGCUGCUACUUCCGGGAUCGAAAACUGUACUGCAAACAGGACUACCAACAGCUAUUUGCUGCUAAGUGCAGCGGCUGCAUGGAAAAGAUCGCCCCAACAGAAUUUGUGAUGAGAGCCUUGGAAUGUGUUUACCACUUAAGCUGCUUCAGUUGCUGUGUCUGUGAACGACAGCUGAGGAAAGGAGAUGAAUUUGUUCUGAAGGAAGGACAAUUGCUCUGCAAAAGUGACUAUGAAAAAGAAAAAGACUUGCUGAGCUCAGUGAGCCCCGAUGACUCAGACUCAGUUAAAAGUGAUGAUGAGGAUGGAGAUGUUAAACCAACCAAAGGACAAGCAAACCAAGGAAAAGGGAGUGAUGAUGGAAAAGACCCAAGGAGACCCAAACGACCAAGGACAAUACUUACAACACAGCAGAGAAGAGCAUUCAAAGCAUCCUUUGAAGUGUCUUCAAAGCCAUGUAGGAAGGUCAGAGAAACACUAGCAGCUGAAACAGGACUCAGUGUGCGAGUUGUUCAGGUCUGGUUUCAGAACCAAAGAGCAAAGAUGAAGAAACUAGCACGGAGGCAUCAGCAGCAGCAGGAGCAGCAAAAUUCUCAGCGACUAGGGCAAGGUAAAGGAGGUCUAGGUUGGACAUUAGGAAAAAAAGUAAUGUCCAACCGAAUGGAAGGGAUGAUGACAUCUUACACACCACUUGCACCACCACAGCAGCAGAUUGUAGCAAUGGAUCAAAGCAGUUAUGGCACGGACCCAUUCCAGCAAGGUCUUACCCCUCCACAGAUGCCAGGAGACCACAUGAACCCCUAUGGAAACGACUCCAUUUUUCAUGAUAUCGACAGUGAUACCUCUUUGACUAGCUUGAGCGACUGUUUCCUUGCCUCCUCAGAAGUUAACUCCAUGCAGGCUAGAGUAGGAAACCCCAUUGACAGGCUGUACUCUAUGCAGAGCUCAUAUUUCGCCUCAUGA